AUGGAAAGUGAUGACAUAGUAGGAGGAGGAGAUAAGCUAAUACUAAGAGGUCUGAAGUUCCAUGGGUUUCAUGGGGUGAAGCAGGAAGAGAGGUCACUGGGGCAGAAGUUUCUGAUCGAUGUAGAUGCCUGGAUGGACCUCCGAGCAGCUGGAAUCUCCGAUCAGCUGACUGACACCAUCAGCUACACUGAUAUCUACCGCAUUGUGAAAGAAGUUGUUGAAGGACCACCGCAGAAUCUGCUGGAGUCUGUGGCUCAAAAGAUUGCAACAAAAACUCUGACAAACUACCCUCGAAUCUCUGCUGUGCGGGUGAAAGUCGCGAAGCCUCAUGUUGCUGUACAUGGACCUCUAGAUUAUCUGGGGGUCGAGAUCCUCCGACGGCGUUGAGAUGUGGAUCUACCAAACGGUGAUAACUUGUGUUAACGUUGUGCGGGAAAUUAUCAAUCCCCAUCUACUACUUUGGGGUUUGUUACUUUGUUUGCUGCACUUUUGUCUGCAGGAAUAUGCAGAUAAAAUGCUGUCAGUUUUUCAAGCAUGCAACUUUGGUUCAUGUGUGGGCGAAAGCCUUGUAGUCCAGUAACCCAUCCGUGACAAUGCUAAGAUAGUACCCCAAAUGGGUUGGAUUCUGAGCCUUUAUAACUCUCCUUUCUUUCAAUCUAAGCUAGGUCUCAAUUCUACCCCACGUUCAAUGUUCAAGAAGACGCUAGGCGCUAUCUAGGCGAGGAGGCAUCGCCCAGCGCCCAGGCCGAUUAAUCGUUGCCUAGGCGAGAUUAAACGAUGAAAAAAAAAAUGAUAGAUAAAGUUGUUUUACAAGUGAAGAUGAGUGGAUUAUGGCAGAAAAGAUUUG